GUUCCCACAAGACCCCAUUCAAUCGCCGCCCCCGCCAAAUGUGGGAUGUCACUGCCAUCGCCGGGGCGCCGGGCCACCAGGAUUUGUCACCGCCGCCCUAUACCAAUCGUUGCAGACUUGCAGCUACCUCCUCCUCCCCCACCCAUUCCCCUCCCUCCCCUCUCCCCCUCCACCUCCACCUCCCCCUUCUCCUCCUCCAGCAACGAGUACUGCUUGUGACAAAGUUGGCUACGACCUCCAAUUGUCGACGACUGCAUGCAUUUUGGGACGAUGCUAGCGGUGGUGGUGUGGCUACUGUUUUAUGAAGGUGCGGUGGUGAUGGUCGGGUUUCAAAGUAGUUGCGACAUAGGGGAGGGUUCUGUAGCGUGGUGGUGUUGGAGGGGUAGCGUGCUGCGGGCGACUGUGUUGGCAGCAAAUAUAAUGAUAUCAACAUUGACGGAUAAAAGAUCUCUAGAAUCCACCUAGUCAUUUUACUACUGAGGCCGAGCUUGACCUCGACCAAGAUCGAGUCCGAGUUUGAGUUCCAGAUUAUCGGGAUAAGUCCAGAACUGCAUUUGAGGCCGAGGUCGAUCUUCACCCAAGUCAAUGUCUAAUCCAACGUCAUUAACCGAGCCUAGAGUCAAGUGGCGCUCCACAAAGUCAACAUAUUAGAGAAAGCAUCGCUACUUCGCGUAAAUUGAACUGAGGCCACCCUCCCAUGUGCUCGACCUCACCUGCAGAGCUGUGAACCUCAUAAAGAGACUGUGAACUUAGUCAUUUCAGCACUCAAGUUUCGCAUAGAAGAUUCCAGAUUGCACAUGUGUGGCUUGCACACGUGUUCUAGUACACAAUAGGAUAAAAUCUGUUAUGCACGGUACCAAUCGAUUUUCCGCUUACCCUAGGUCGGUAGUCAUCA